CAAUAAAUUCAGAGGUUUUGGUUUCUCAAUAUAAUGAGUAGUGUUAUAAAUGCGGUUUUAUGAGACUCAGUUGUUGGAUUUAGGCAUUAAAGUGACAUCUACUUGUCACCAUUUAAUGCUUGGCCUGCCCUCCUUUUCAUUAAUCUUCCAUCACAUAUAUAUGUUUAUAAAUAAAUACAUAUAAGUCUCUCUCUCUCCCCCCUUAUAACUUUGCAUGCCCUACCAUAUUCUUCUUCUUCAAAAUCCACUUCUCCCUCUUCUUGCAACCUUAACACAUUAAUUAAGUCAAGAAAUUUGGUGAUGGAAUUCACCCAACUGUCUCUGGCCGGAGGCCUUUAUGCCGAUGGCAAAAGCGGCGGCGGCGACGACGGCGGUGAAACAGGCCUCCCCAUGAAGAGAAAAUGGAGCACAGAAGCUUUUCCAAACACUGUUGAUCUUCAACUUAAACACCCUUUGCCUUCUGACUGGGAGCAAUGUCUUGAUCUUCAAUCAGGUAGAAUGUUUUAUGUAAACCGAAAGACAUCAAGAAAGAGCUGGAUGAGGCCGGAGGAACAGAAGCUCGACCUCGAACUUAAUAUAUCGACGGGCCACAACAUAGGGCAAAAAGAAAAUUCAUCGUCGUCGUCGUCAUCAUCAAGUAGCAAUAUGGUGGCAUUGGCUUGUUCCAAUUGCCAUCUUCUUGUGAUAUUAUGUAGGUCUUCACCCUCUUGCCCUAAUUGUAAGUAUGUCCAUUCUCUUGCAUCAUCUUCACCUAAAGCCAAAGCUCCUGCCCCUUCUAGUUGGGGGCUUUGAGCUUUGAUGGCAUCUAGGGGUAAUUUCGGAAUUUGUGUAAAUUGCAUCCACCUAUCCUGCUUAGUCUUUUGGUGUUUUGUUUCGGCUACUAAUUAAAAAUUCCGCCCCUACCCCUGUGGAAUAUGUAUGUCGCAACAAUUGGUAAUAGAUGCUAUCAAUUUUCAA